CACUCUUGCACAUUUUAAGAGAGAAAAAAUAGAACAAAAACAAUAUACAAAUAAGGAAGAAGAUUUCACUGUCAAUAAAUUUAGUUUUUCAAGGCAUGUAAAAUAACAAAAUAAAAUUUUCCAGUUAUCAUAAGAAGAGGAUUUUCGUGAAAAGAGGGCUCACAGGCCAAUAAAGCCCAUACUUUCACCAUCAUUCAUGCUUGUUUGCCUCCUUAUUUAGUCUUCAUCUUCUACCAUUUCUUCAUUCUCCAUUAUAAUUGAUCUUUGCAGCUUUUGGGUGUUUUCCUAUUUGAAAGGUCUUCUGAUUUGUGGGUCAUUGCUAAAAAUAAAAAUUACCCAAAAAGGAAAAAAGUUUGAAUUUUUGGGAUGGAUUCUUAUUGUGCAACAAUUGGAGCAAAUACCAAAUUAGCAAGAACUGGUAAAUUUUAUGGAGGAAACGGUAUUUGGGGAGAGAAAAUCAGAGGAAGUUUAAAAUAUGGCAAUGUGUUGGUUAAUCAUCUGUCAAGGAGCUUGAAGACUGAUCAAAGAGGCAGAAAUAUUAAACCUGGUGUUGCUUUUUCUGUCUUGACAUCAAACAAUGCCACUGAGACACUUAUUAGGGAGGCACCAAUCCUCGAAAGGAAAAGUGCUGAUCCAAAAAAUGUGGCAUCAAUUAUACUGGGAGGAGGUGCAGGAGCUCAGUUAUUUCCACUUACCAGCAGAACAGCAACACCUGCUGUUCCUGUUGGGGGAUGCUACAGGCUUAUUGAUAUUCCAAUGAGUAACUGCAUCAACAGUGGUAUAAACAAAGUAUUCAUCUUAACUCAGUUCAAUUCAGCUUCCCUUAAUCGCCACAUAUACCGUACUUAUCAUGGGAAUGGUAUCAACUUUGGUGACGGAUUUGUGGAGGUUUUGGCAGCUACGCAAACACAAGGAGAAGCUGGAAAGAACUGGUUCCAAGGAACAGCUGAUGCUGUCAGACAGUUUAUAUGGCUGUUUGAGGAUGCGAGGAAUAAGAAUAUUGAGAAUAUUCUGAUCUUGUCUGGUGAUCAGCUCUAUAGAAUGGACUAUAUGGACCUUGUGCAGAAUCACAUUGACAGGAACUCUGAUAUCACAGUUUCUUGUGUUCCUGUGGGUGAGAGCUGUGCAUCGGAUUAUGGACUGAUGAAGAUAGACAGCAGAGGCCGAAUUGUCCAAUUUUGGGAGAAACCCAAGGGAGCUGAUUUGGAAGCAAUGAAAGUGGACACACAAAUUCUGGGAUUAUCUCGAGAAGAUGCUUCAACUAGUCCUUACAUUGCAUCCAUGGGAGUUUAUGUGUUUAAGACAGAUGUUUUACUUAAGCUUCUGAAACAGUCAUACCCAAAAUCCAAUGACUUUGGGUCUGAAAUCCUUCCUUCUGCUGUAAAGGAGCAGAAUAUUCAGGCAUAUCUGUUCAGAGACUACUGGGAAGACAUCGGAACCCUGAAGACUUUCUUUGAUGCUAAUUUAGCACUCACUAAAGAGUCACCAAAAUUUCAGUUUUAUGACCCAAAGACGCCCUUCUACACAUCUCCUCGGUUCCUACCACCUACGAAAAUGGACAAGUGCAAGAUUAAGGAUGCUAUUAUUUCCCAUGGAUGCUUCCUGCGAGAAUGUACAGUUGAGCACUCUAUCGUGGGAGAAAGGUCACGUUUGGACUCUGGUGUAGAGCUUAAGGAUACCUUGAUGAUGGGUGCAGACUACUAUCAAACUGAAUCUGAGAUUGCGUCUCUUUUGGCAGAGGGUAAGGCACCAAUUGGGAUUGGACGAAACACGAAAAUCAGGAACUGUAUCAUUGACAAGAAUGCAAAGAUAGGUAAAAAUGUGAUCAUCACCAACAAAGACGGUGUUGUGGAAGCUGAUCGGCCAGAACAAGGGUUCUAUAUUCGAUCAGGAAUCACCGUUGUAGUGGAGAAGGCAACCAUUGAAGAUGGCACUGUCAUAUAGUCAUCUUCCAAGUUCAGUGAUGAAACAUCUUUCAAUACAUUAAGGCUUGAAGCAGGGGAUUCGGAUUAGGAACCUUCAGAAGACAUUAUGUCAAAAGGUGAGAAGUACCGUGAGCAUGGACUACAAAGAACGAGCUGCCAGAGAUCAUAUAUCGCCGUAUGCCUGUAUGUUCAACUAGAGACCAGCUUGGCUAUGCUGUGUACAAAAGAGAAAAGUGGAGAAAUAAUAACAAGCUGACCUCAUGCUUAUAAUCAUACUACUACUACUACUACUACUACUAGAACUACAUACUACUACUACUACUACUACUACUACUACAACUAGAACUACAUUAUAUAGCAACAUUCUGUAUGAAAUGAGAGUUUUUGGGUAGGGAAUAAUAAUGUGUUCAGCUGUCAAUUAAUCAUAGAUUGAAAUCUUGUAUCAAACUUUAGUUUAUACAUCAAUAAAAAAGUUGUACACUUUUGGGAAUUACACAAA